CAGAACUCUUACCAGAACCUUCAGGUGUGGAGCGAACAUAAGUGGGCAGCAUUUUGACACUGGCUUCAUCGUGUGUCUCCACCCGCAGCCCUCUCUCCAUUUCCCUCCGCAUCCUCCUCAUCACCUCCACAAGCUCUUCUUUACUCAACAAAAACUCUGACAGAAUUUGAUCCACCUGUAAAGAGAGAUUUAGCUCACAUCCUGGAUCUCAUCCAAGGUCAUGAACCAUCAGGUGGCAGUCAGUCUUGUAACAGACCACAGAAAUGUACUUCUUAUGGCGUGAGGGGGAGGACCAAAGACAGGGCUCCUGGUUUUGAGAGGCUCCGGGUGUCCAUGUAGGGAACUAACAGAGACACUGCAGACUUUAAUAGAGGGCACAAUGAUAAGAGUCCUCAUACAUAAAUACUCCAUCAGUGACCCAGGAGCUCACAUAUACAGCCAGAGAGCAGACAGUGAAUAUGGCUAGUAAGAAAGCUGCAGCUAAAAGGGGCAAAACUGCUCAAAGGGGCUCAUCUAAUGUCUUCUCCAUGUUUGAGCAGUCACAAAUACAGGAGUUCAAAGAGGCAUUUGGCUGCAUUGAUCAAAACAGGGAUGGAGUUAUUAACAAAACUGACCUGAAGGAAACCUAUGCACAACUAGGGAAGCUGAAUGUAAGUGAUGAGGAGCUGGAGUCAAUGUUAGCAGAGGGGAAGGGACCCAUCAACUUCACCGUCUUUCUCACUCUCUUUGGAGAAAAACUCAAUGGCACAGACCCAGAGGAAUCCAUCCUUGCUGCUUUUAAACUGUUUGACCCAAAUGGUACAGGUGUUGUCAAUAAAGAUGAGUUUAAGAGGCUGCUAAUGAAUCAGGCUGAUAAAUUUUCAGCAGAAGAGGUGGACCAGGCUUUUUCAGUGGCUCCAAUAGACGUGGCUGGGAAUAUUGACUAUAAAUCACUGUGUUAUAUUAUUACACAUGGUGAUGAGAAAGAGGAGUCUUGAAUAUCUUGAUAUUUUAUUUCAUUCGAACUUGUCAUUUCUUUUCUUCACCCUCAAUGAUGUCUGCAAUUUUGCUCUUGUCAACCCAAACACAAUGCAUUUAUUUAGCAAUUUCUAUUAGUAAAACCCUAAUAAAGACUUCUAUAG